AUGGCUUUCGUCUACACAUACUCUCAAACGAACCGAGGAACGAAGACAAGAUUCUGGGUCGUCGACAUCCCAACGGUAUUCCUGCCAUAUGCAAUGCUUCUCCUCACCAUGGUGACGAAUGGAUGGUUCCCCGCACUGGUAGAUAUCACGGGAAUCGUUGCUGCUCAUACUUAUGACUUCCUCACACGAAUCUACCCAACUUUCGGAGGUGGAAGAAAUUUCCUCACCGUCCCAAGAUUUGUGGAGAGAUACUUCACCAACCAUGACCCCAACAGCGGAUACCGAGGAUAUGGAACUGCGAGCCGUGCACCAAGGCCAGCUGAGCAACCCUCGUCAGCAUCAGCAUCGGGAUCAUCCUGGAGCAGCUGGACCUCUGCUAAUUCUUGGAACGGCAGAGGCACUGGCCGAAGACUUGGUUAG